AUGGCAGACGAUGGUAUGCUCCUCAACUUCUCGCUCCCAAGCGAGGUCAUAAAACCCGAGACGAAAAUCAAAGGUGGAACAUGGCGCGAGCGACUCAGCGUCAAGAAAAUCGCCGCGCACCGACAGUCGAAUACGAAGCGCACUAAUGCUGGGGAGGAUGGAAAGGAAGGCCCUGGUUCCAGGAACCCAAACCGGAUACAGGUUUCUGGACCCAGGCCUGCGAAGAGACAGAGGGUCGAUGGUGAUGGAGAGUUUCAAGCCCGGGAUGGGGCAGAAGGGCACCGGCAAGGACAAGGGAAUGCGCCGAGGAAGGGACAAGGAGGAUCUAUUGUGGCGUCUCUUUUCUCGAAGAAUCCGCGGCCGCAGAAUGCUGUUAAAGAUAAUAAGGAUAAGGAGCCGGUUGAGGAUGCGAAGCCGACGAAUGCGCCGCUGAUUGAUGGAUUGGAUACAUUUACGAACCUUGGUCUGUCGCCGACGCUAGCGGCACAUUUGCUUACGAAGUUGGAACUCAAGGCCCCGACGGCGAUCCAGAAGGCGUCCAUGUCGCAACUUUUGAAGGAGGAGGCGGAUGCCUUUAUCCAGGCGGAGACUGGUUCGGGAAAGACGCUGGCUUAUCUAUUGCCACUUAUUCAAAGAAUCAUGGACCUGUCGCGAGCAAAAAAUGAAGGCGAUGCGAGGGGUGACCUGAAUGUUCAUCGGGAUAGUGGGUUGUUUGCGAUUAUCCUCGCCCCGACCAGAGAACUGUGCAAACAGAUUUCGGUUGUGUUGGAAGAGUUGUUGCGAUGUGCGCACUGGAUUGUCGCAGGGACUGUGAUUGGUGGAGAGAAGAAGAAAUCAGAAAAGGCGAGGUUGAGGAAGGGGCUGAAUAUUCUUGUUGCCACACCCGGUCGACUGGCGGACCAUCUAGAGAAUACACAGGUGCUGGAUGUAAGCAAUGUGAGGUGGUUGGUGUUGGAUGAGGGAGAUCGAUUGAUGGAGUUGGGGUUUGAGAAGGAGCUUCAAGGCAUUAUCAGCAAGCUGGAUGCGCGACAACGGCCCAGCCGGAUCCCAGGGAUCCCCGCGAAGAGAGCUACUAUUCUCUGCUCGGCUACGCUGAAGAUGAACGUGCAGAAGCUGGGAGAGAUCAGUUUGAAGGAUGCGGUCCACAUCAAGGCCGACCCUGCUGAUGAAGAUGGCGAAGCCACCGAGUCCAAGGACGAAGACGGCGCGUUCCGAGUCCCUGCCCAGCUAAAGCAGUCUUACGCCAUUGUCGCUUCGAAACUACGACUAGUCACGCUCACAGCACUUAUGAAACGAACGUUUAUGCGGAAAGGAUCAGUGAUGAAGGCCAUCGUCUUCGUCUCAUGCGCCGAUUCAGUCAACUUCCAUUUCGAGGUAUUUACACGGAAACUCCAAGAGCAGGAGGAGAAGCAAAACGAAUCUAGUGACAGCGAAGACGAAAAAGAGAAAGAGAAGCCUACACCGGCCUCUGUCCACGGAACAAUCGCACCGGCAACCGCCUUCUCAAAUUCCUCAAACCCCGUGACAAUGUACAAACUCCACGGUUCCCUCCCCCAGCACGUCCGUACAUCCACCCUCUCCUCCUUCGCCAAAAACAAAGAACCCUCCGUCCUCAUCUGUACCGAUGUCGCAUCUCGAGGUCUCGAUCUUCCCAACGUUGACUUUGUCGUUGAAUACGACCCCGCCUUCAGCGCCGACGAACAUCUUCACCGAAUCGGUCGUACCGCGCGUGUCGGUCGUGACGGCCGCGCACUCAUCUUCCUCCUUCCGGGCUGCGAAGAGAACUACGUCGACAUCCUGAAAAAGGGCUACCGCGACGGCGGAAAGGCGCUGACCCGGUCUACAACAGACGAGAUCCUCAAGCGUGGAUUCGGUGGCAACGUCGAGUCCCAGAGUAGAGACUGGGAUGAGAAAGCGACGGAGUGGCAGCUGGAACUUGAGCGCUGGGCGAUGGAAAACCCCGAGUAUCUGGAGAUGGCGCGGCGCGGGUAUCAAUCCCAUAUCCGAGCCUAUGCGACUCACAUUGCAAAUGAGCGGCAUAUUUUCAAUAUCAAGGAACUGCACUUGGGACAUCUGGCGAAAAGUUUCGCGUUGCGUGACCGGCCGGGUAAGAUCAAUGUUCCUGGUCUUCGACCGGGUAAGAACGAAACGAAGAAGGACUUCAAGGCUGAGCGGAAGUCGGUUGGUGGAAAGAAGAGGAAGUCUGGUUAUGGUGGUGGUAAGGAUGAUGAUAACGACGGCCCGUCAACUUCCACGAACGACACGACCCUUGCCGCCCAGAAGAUGAGAGCGAAGAUGAAGGAGCAGAUGGCCGGGGCGAGCGAGUUCAAUCUUGCAUAG